CGCCGUAAGCACAUAAAGCUGCGCGUGCACCGCGCGGCGCGCAUUUUGCAACAGUGCGUGACAGUGCCAUGUGGAGAGUGCUUGCCGUUGUGACCGUCGGAGUAGCGUUCGGGAGUGAGCUGCCGGAGAAUUUCGUGAGAUGCCGACAGAAGGACCCGCAGCUGAACGAAUGCCUGAAAGCUGCCGUUCCUGAUGCCCUCAGGAAGAUGAGGAAAGGCAUUCCCGAGCUCGUUGUGCCAUCACUAGAGCCCCUCCUCGUAGCGGCCAUUAACAUACAAUCCGGCGCCGGUCCCGUGGUCCUAGCGCAGAACUACAGGAAGAUACAACUUCAUGGGCUGGCGGAAACUAUCCUCACCACUUACAAAGCCGACUUGAAACAUUACCGCCUGGUGACCAACUCCCUGACUCCAAAGAUGGAGUUCAUAGCUGACUACGUGAUGAAGGGUCGGAUCCUGGUGCUACCCAUCCAAGGGAAAGGUGUCGCCAAUGUUACUAUGGUGAACCUAGUAGUGAAGCAUGAUCUAAUAGGCGAGCCGGUGUUACGCGACGGACAGACAUACAUGCACAUCAAGGACUACAAAGUCCGCUUCUUCCCGAAGCGGGUGUUCCUGCACUUCACCAACCUCUUCAACGGAGACAAGCGGCUCGGCGACCAGAUGAACUUGUUCCUGAACGAGAACUCAGAACUAGUGUUCAACGAGCUAAAGGAAUCCUACGAAAAGAGUCUCAGCUCCGUGUUCCAAAACGUCACUAACACCAUCUUCGAUAAGGUGCCUAUGAAUAAAAUAUUUCUAGAAGACUGAAUUAGACUUAAGUUCUCACUAAUUUUAAAGAUCUGGACUUUCAACAGAAACGCAACAGAGAAAAAUCCUAUGAACAAUGUCGUUUGUUUUUGAUAUUACUUAUUUAUUGAGAAGAAACCAAAGUCUUUAUAAUAUAUUAAUAAUACAACCUUAAAAUUUCUGUCUACACCAUUAAAUUUAAAUGAAAUUAUUAUUAUGAAUUGUAGAAAACUUUAAUGACGGAUUUGUAAUAAGAAAACAAGAAUAAUUAUUUAUAUUAAGACAAACUAAGAAUAAAAGUAGUGUUUAAGUGGGUUUAGCAUUAAGAAACGUCUGAUUUUCUAUAUUUAUUUCAUUGGUAAUGUAAGAUUGAUAAUAAAUUAAACUUUUUUACGAACUAA